UAUGCUUGAGUUGGGAUGGAGGUUCUAAUGGAUGAAUGGAGUGAUUCUGUAGUUUUUCCUUUCUCUUGUGUUUUUCUGCAAUUAGGUUUCAUAUAUAUUCUCUCCUUUCGCAGCAGUUGGGUUUCUGCUCUGCGUCUACCAUCAAUGGGGAAGGGAACAGGGAGUUUCGGUAAGAGGAGGAACAAGACCCAUACCCUCUGUGUCAGAUGCGGCCGUCGCAGCUUCCACCUCCAGAAGAGUCGCUGUGCUGCGUGUGCUUUCCCAGCUGCACGCACUAGAAAAUAUAACUGGAGCGUCAAGGCCAUUAGGAGAAAGACCACUGGAACUGGAAGAAUGAGGUAUCUGCGUCACGUGCCUCGCAGAUUCAAGAGCGGCUUCAGAGAGGGUACCGAAGCUGCACCCAGGAAGAGAGGAGCGGCUACCACUGCCUAAGCUGUCGAAGGUAGCAAUUUUUCUGGAUCAAUGAAUUGUAGGAGUUUUUAGGCUUCCAUGUUGUUCGAAACCCUGAGAAACAAUAUUUCUGUCGUUUUGAUCUCAUUUCAUAUAUAUGGAUUUGUAUUUCAACUUUAUGGUAAGGAGAUUUUGAUUUGAUAGUUA